GAUGCCGGUGAUCAGUGGUCCAGACCCCUCGCUCUGCCUUCUCCUCCUGCUUCUGGCCCCCCACAUCCCUGAGGCGGGGUGUCCUCCUCGACACAGGUUUGAGUACAAGCUCAGCUUCAAAGGCCCAAAGCUGGCAUCGCCGGUGGCUGGAAUACCCUUCUGGAGCCAUCACGGAGACGCCAUCCUGGGCCUGGAGGAAGUGCGCCUGGCGCCAUCCCUGAGGAACCGGAGUGGUGCUGUGUGGAGUAAGGCGCCAGUUCUCUUCUCUGCCUGGGAGGUGGUGGUGCAGAUGCGGGUGACCGGGCCAGGGCACCGGGGAGCCCAGGGCAUGGCUGUGUGGUACACCCAGGACAGGGGCCGAGUGGGCCCUGCCCUGGGGGGGCCGGCCUCGUGGGACGGCAUUGGGAUCUUCUUGGACUCCUCAGCCAAGGACACCCAGGACAGCCCUGCCAUCCGCGUGUUGGCCAGUGAUGGGCACAUCCCCAACGUGCAGCUUGGGGACGGAGCCAGCCAGGUGCUGGGUUUCUGUCGUCGGGACUUCCGGAAUCGGCCAUACCCCUUCAGAGUGCGGAUCACCUACUGGGGGCAGAGACUUCGUGUGUCUCUGAACAGUGGCCUCACUCCCGGCGAUCCAGAUGAGGUCUGCGUGGAUGUGGGACCACUGCCUUUGACCCCUGGAGGUUUCUUUGGUGUCUCAGCAGCCACUGGCACCCUGGCAGAUGACCAUGAUGUCCUGUCCUUCCUGACCUUCAGUCUGAGUGAGCCAGGCUCUGAGGCGCCCCUGCAGCCCUUCUUGGAGACAGAGCAGCUCCGCCUGGCAAGGCUGCUGGAAGGGCUGCGGGCAAGGCUGGCCCUGGGGACCAGAGAGGACGUGACUCCAGCGUCCAACUUGGAAGUUCAAGGAAAUGGAGAAAGGCUCUUUGACCUGGAGGAGAUGCUGGGAAGACACAGCCGGACCUUGCAGGCUCUCCAGGGUCUCUCCAAGCAGCUGGCUCAGGCUCAGGGGCAAUGGCAGAAGCAGCUGGGGUUCCCAGGCUGGGCCGGGCCCGAGGGAGGCUGGGCCCUGGACCCCUCCUGCCAGGUUCUAUCAGCCCCAGAGAAGGGCAGCCACCUAUCCAGGUCACUCUGCAAGGACUCUGCCAAGGUCAGUGCCCUGCUCCACGGACAGCGGACUCUGCUCCAGGCCGUGCGGGACAUGAGGGAUGAAGCUGCCCGCAUGGCCUCAGAAGCUCAGGUCUCCUACCUGCCUGUGGGCACUGAGCAUCAUUUCUUAGAGCUGGACCAGAUCCUAAGCCUCUUGCAGAAGGACCUUCGGGGCCUGGCGAAAGCAGCAGCCAAGGACCGCCGCCCACCUGCCCGGUUCCCAGGGGCCCCAUCAUGCCUGCAGCCCGGCAUCUUCCUGUUCUUCCUCCUCAUUCAGACAGUCGGCUUCCUCUGCUACAUGUACUACAGGCAGGAGCUGGACAAGAGCCUUUGGGAGUGUCUGUCCAGGGGCAGCCUUCCUCUGGGUCCUGUGCCUCACAUCUCGAAGGCCCUGGGGGCUCUGAGGAGACAGCCCCAUGCUUCCAGCAUGCAUGCCUGA